AUGGUCCAGGAUCCGACCCAGUUUGACGUGCUGGUCAUGCCCAACCUGUACGGAGACAUUCUGAGCGAUCUGUGUGCCGGUCUGAUCGGAGGACUCGGGGUCACUCCCAGCGGGAACAUCGGCGCCAAUGGAGUCGCCAUUUUUGAAUCGGUUCACGGCACCGCGCCCGACAUCGCCGGCAUGGACUUGGCGAAUCCCACCGCCCUACUGCUCAGUGCGGUCAUGAUGCUGCGUCACAUGGGUCUCCAUGACUAUGGCAACAAGAUCCAGACAGCGUGCUUCGACACCAUCAGAGACAAGAAGGUGCUGACGAAGGACCUGGGAGGAAACUCCAAGUGUUCAGAGUUUACAGCCGAUAUCUGCCGUCGCAUCCAGGACCUGGACUGAGGCUGCAGGAGCCUGGACCUCCACGGGCACAGAGCCACGCCUCCUCCUCCCUCUGCCUCCUCCCUUCCACUCCCCCCAGGGGAGACAGUGGGGGAGGCUGAGCUGCAGUAUCUGGUUUUCUUGCUGCUGUAUUUGUGUUUGUUUUUGCUUUAACAACGUGGAGGUGUAGCGAGGGGGGCGGGGCUUCUGUAGCAGCUACCUGAUUGGUUGACAUAAUGAAACAUUCACAGUAAACAUACGCACAAAUGUAACACGACCAAGUUUGAAUGAGUGUUUUUACAUCAUCAUCAGUUGAAUAUGAACAGCUAAUAUCGGCCCCCUUUGAUACUUGAUAUGUUUUUAACAGUAAUGCUAAAGGUCCAUUUAUUUAUUGUUUCCUGUUACUGUGUCCUGCUGCACAGAGAUAAACAUAUAAAGGAAGAGCUGCUGUCUCUGUGUCUACAUUCACAUUCUCAUACAGUCGCUGCAGUAAACAACAAACAAUAUGUUGUUUCUUAACACGGAACAUAUCAAAGAAUGUAGAGCGGCACCCACUAGAGCUCGCCAAAGCUUCACAGGUUCACAGUCAGUCUGUAUCUACACAUCAUUCUGUGAAUAAAACUAAAGUCAACAGUU